GGAAUUCCAUAUACAAGAACGGCUCCAAAAUUUACUCUGUAAGUAAUGAAAUGUGCCAUCGAGAAUACAAUCUCAGCUCAUGAAAUGUAAAUAAAGAUAAACGAAAACAAAGUAGUAUGAACAAGAAGAAAGCAAAGUUAAAAAUAAUUUGAAUUUUGAAAGCAACCCUUAUAUGAUCAAUUGAAGGCAUGAAACAAAAACCAAAGCAUUUUGCGAGUUUCGUUAUUUUGGAUCAAAAACAAGCAACUUCUUCUGCUUCUUUUAUGUCAAAAUACAGUUAUGAUGUUUUUCUUAGUUUUCGUGGUCCAGAUACCCGUUUUGGUUUCACUGGUAAUCUUUACAGUGCUUUGAGUCAAAAGAGAAUCUUUACCUUCAUCGAUGAUGAAGCUCUCAAAAAGGGAGAAGAGAUCACACCUUCUCUUCGCAAGUCAAUCCAAGAAUCCAGGAUAUCCAUCAUUGUUUUCUCCAAAAACUAUGCUUUCUCAACUUUUUGUUUGGACAAACUUCUCCAUAUCAUUCAGUGCCACAAAAAACAGAACAUGUGGAUUUUGCCAGUGUUUUAUGACAUAGAGCCAUCUCAAGUGCGACAUCAAACAGGGACUUACCAAGAAGCAUUUGCAAAACAUGCUGAAAGAUUCAAAGAUGACAUUCAGAAGCUUCAACAAUGGAGGCUGGCUUUGCGUCAUGCAGCUGAUUUGGCUGCUUUUCCUUUAAAAACUGGUGAAGAGUAUGAGUCUGAGAUAGUGAAAAAGAUCACGAAAGAGAUCUCCAUUAAGCUUAAUCGACCUCCCUUGCAUAUUGCUGAUUAUCCUGUUGGUUUGAAAGUUCGGAUGCAACAGAUACAAGAACUUAUGGGUGGUGAGCUUGAUAAGAAAGUGACCAUGCUUGGGAUUCAUGGAAUGGGAGGAAUAGGAAAAUCAACUAUUUCACGUGCGAUGUACAACUUGAUGGCACAUCAAUUUGAAGCUUCGCACUUUCUUGCUAAUGUCAGGGAAAAAUCAGAUAAGGAUGGUCUGGUGCAUAUCCAAGAGACAAUGUUGUCUGAGUUGGUGGGGGAAANAAAUAUCAAGUUAGGAGAUGUGCAUCGAGGAAUUCCAAUACUACAACACAGACUUNGUGGGAAAAAGGUCCUCCUUGUGCUUGAUGAUAUUAGCAAAAAAGAACAAUUGCAAGCAACUGCGGGAGGACUUGAUUGGUUUGGNCCUGGUAGCAUCAUCAUCAUAACAACAAGGGAUAAGCAUUUGGUAGAUGUUCAUGGAGUUCAAAAACAGUACAUGGUUGGUGAAAUUAACUUUAUGGAAGCCCUUGAGUUGUUUAAGUGGAAUGCUUUCAAAAACAAAGAAGUUGAUCCAUGUUACAGGGAAGUCACAGAGCGAGCAAUGUAUUAUGCCAAUGGCCUUCCAUUGGCUUUGGAAACUAUAGGCUCGAACUUGUUUGGCAAAACCUUGGAUGAAUGGGAAUCUGCUUUAGAAACUUAUGAGAGAAUUCCAAAUAGAGAUAUUCAGGAAGUUCUUAGAGUUAGCUAUGACAGUUUGGAUGCUUAUGAGAAAGAAAUAUUUCUUGAUAUAACUUGCUUCUUUAGAGGAUGCUCUCUUAUAUACCUUACAAAUUUGCUUGAGGCAAGAGGUUUUCCUCCAGAAUUUGGUCUGAGAGUGCUGGAAGAAAAAUCUCUCAUUAAAAUUCGAGAAUGUCCACAUAAAACUGUGGCAAUGCAUGACAUGAUUCGGUGUAUGGGAAAAGAAAUAGUUAGACAACAAUCAACUCUGCCUCACAAAUGGAAUAGGUUGUGGUUUUACGAGGACAUUGUUUGCGUGUUGGAGAAAAACAUGGAAAAUGAUAAAAUUGAAGGGAUGAUGUUGAUCCCAGAACACCAAGAAGAAAUGCAAUGCAAUCCAAAGUUUGGAAAAAUGAAAAGCUUACGGAUGCUUCUUAUAGAAAAGAAGGUUGGCUUUCUUAGAAGCCUUGUUGCCUUGCCAAAUAGUUCGAAGAUCCUUAUGAUCUCAAUAAAGCAAGUACUAUGGAAAAUAAACUUGUGUUGGUUGGUGACGCAUCUCAUACACAGAAACAGGAACAAUCCUCUUCUUUAUUCAACCUCACACCCCCAUUAGAAUCUUUUAUUGGUGAACAACCUUUGAAUUACGUGUACAAGAAUUCAGAUUCAAAAGAAUCGACAUCCACCGUUGACUCCAAUAAACAAGGUAAAAUGUCCUUGUCCUUCCUUUCUUACUCUUUGAUCAAAUUACUUCUGCUUCUAUUGAUAUUAUCCUUUGGUUCAGGUGGAGUACUUGUAGAGGAUAAACCAAUAUUAGCUCCAAGUUCUGCAGAGACGCAAAAUUCCAAGGCCAAAAGAGAAAUGGUACCACUAAUAUCAGAACUUUCGAGUGAGUUCACUGCUGAAGUAAGUACGAAGGUUGAGUCCACAACAUCCCAAUCACCUAAAGUUGAUGAAGUAGAAGCAGGUUUGGGAACUCAAAAUCAGUUCCGAAAUACAAUAGUCUUGGAAAAUCAGAUACAUCAAAAGUUGACCAGGAUUAGGAAAAUGAAAGAAGCAUUAGGAGAGAAACUCGGUGCUAUUAAAGCUGACAUCUCUGCCAUUGAAGCUAACAACUCUUCCAUUAAAGCUAACAUCUUAGACAUUAAAACUAUAUUUCUGCAGACUGAUCAGAGGUACAACAAUUGAAAUAGAAUUUCUAUUCA